UUCUCUUAUUUCCAUCGUUCCAUCUCCAACAGCCAUUCUCUAUCAUAUUUCUGCAUUUGGGCUUGGUCUGUCCGCUGCAUUGAUUCUCUUGCUAUCGGACUGUGUGCCGUAAUUAUUCUGAUGUUUCUCACCCCACGCACUAUUAGUACUGCUUAACCUAUUCAUUACAACCAAAGACUACCAGUACUAUCGUCGCGCAGCUUCCACCUUAACCGGAACUAGAUAAGUUUGCCCUUGACGAACUACGUCAUUCCCCUUCCGUGCCUGGCACUCUUCCGAAUGCCCUCCCGCCGCAGUCAUACCAAGUCCCGGAAGGGUUGUCUCCAAUGUAAGAAACGGCAUGUGAAGUGCGACGAAGAGACACCACGAUGUGGCCUAUGCAAGAAACGAAGAUUGGAUUGCACAUACCCUCCAUCAAGUGAAGCGGACAGCCAGCAUGCAUCCACACCCCAGGAUAUGCCUGAUGCUUUUCCUGGUCCCGAAGGAGAAUCGCAAUCAGACAGGAUGCUUGAGAUGAAACUAUUCCACCACUAUGUUACAGAGACAUACAUCACGCUCUGUCAAGGCCGUCUAGAUGCUCACCACUUCCAAGUGGUCGUCCCACGGAUCGCGGUCUCUCAUGCCUUCUUGCUGGACAGCCUACUAGGAUUGUCUGCUCUUCAUCUAGCGUACCUGAACACUCACGAUAACCGUUCAUGGCUAGAAAUCGCACUCAAAUACCAGAAUCGAGCAUGUUCAGCAUUCACCCGUGUACUCGCAGAAAUGACUCCCGAGAAUUGCGCACCAGCCUUCCUGUGCUCCAUCUUCAUUAUGCUCUGCGCAACAGCCUACCCGUGUGUUACCCAGGACAAACAUACAUUCGAGCCUCUAUCCCAUGUUUUGGAGAUUCGACAGCUCAUAGCGGGCUGCGCGUUUCUUUUCAAGCAGCUUAGCGGCAUGGAGUAUCGGGGCGACCUCCAGGGGUGGCUGAAGUAUAAGGAUGACGAGGUCGACCAAGAUGGAAAUCCCUACCAUCAAGUAAUGCUAAUAACUACAAGUGCCAUUUUGGAGUCUUUGCAGCGGGUGCAAGACAAAUUCACCAGCCUUGGUGGGCCGAACCAGACUACAUACCAAAAUACGAGGGAUAUUCUUCAUGAAGCCAUCAAACGAUGGCCGUUCGGUGGCCCAAACGGUGGCAUCAUUGCGUGGCCCAUAAACAUCAGCGAAGACUACAUUGCUCUGCUGAAAAGUGGAGACUGGGUGGGCCGCGUGCUAUUUCUACACUACGGGGUAGGAUUGCACCUUCUCUCCGACAAGUGGUUUGUCCGCGACUGGGGCCGGCGUCUUAUUGAAACAGUCCUGCAAUCGGAGGAAGAUAUCCCCCCUAUUUGGACCGAAACCAUUACAUGGACAAAGGAGGCCAUAACUAGCGACAAUGAUGUGACACUAUCAAGUAGUCAAAAGUCAAAGCAAAGAUGUGAGGCUGGCAUCCACAAUCCCUCGCUGCUUAUCUCGGCCAGGGCUGUCCCCGAUAUGGCCGGGGUGAAGGCUUUCCUUCUUUCUUUCUCGCGGACGUAUCUACGCUUUCGCUUUGACCCUCCCCAACCCGACGUCGAAUUUCUUUGCGGCAUGGAGACCUACCAGCCAAGGCAAAAUUCGAGCCAAGAUGCGGAGAAGCAGGUACUUAGACCGAGUCGCUCUGUCAACCCUCUUUCGUGCAACUUUGCGCGAUUAUUAAAUUGUCGACCCAGCGCUUCAACUAUGUUCCGCCUUGCGAAAUUCACAAUAUUGUCGACUCUCCUUUUAACCAUAAUAACGAUACAUCUGCCAAGUGUGCUCACCUCGCCUCUUGGAUCUGCGACUCGCCGGCUUGACCGAGCGAGUAAAUUGGAGGAUGGGAAGCGCGGUGCAGUGGCGAGCGAAAGUGCUAUCUGCAGUCGCCAUGGAACAGAUAUUAUAAACAUGGGGGGAAAUGCAGCUGACGCGGUGAGAACGAUCCAGCCGAUCUACUUAGAUGGUUGCAACAAUGCUCUGCGUUGGAACUGCAUGUAUCAUAGUGGAAUUGGAGGAGGUGGGUUCAUGCUGGUCAAGACCCCUGAAGGCUCUUUCGAGGCCAUCGAUUUCCGCGAAACUGCCCCGGCGGCCGCUUUCCAGGAUAUGUUUGAGAAUAAUACGAAGGCUUCCGUCAGCGGGGGCCUUGCAAGUGCCGUUCCUGGGGAACUGCGUGGUCUCGGGUAUCUCCACAACAAGUAUGGCUCGCUCCCCUGGUCAACUGUUGUGCAGCCCGCCAUCCAAACCGCACGGGAGGGGUGGUCAGUCGGGCAGGAUCUGGUCCGCUAUAUGAAAGCUGCUGUUGGGGACGACGAAGACUUCCUCUCUCAGGACCCUACCUGGGCGCUCGACUUUGCUCCCAAUGGAACCAGGCUCGGUCUGGGUGAUACCAUUACGCGAAAACGUUAUGCGGCCACACUGGAGACCAUCGCGAAAGAGGGCCCCGAUGCCUUCUACUCUGGAUCGAUUGCAAAGACCAUGAUAGAUGCGGUACAGAAAGCUAACGGUACAAUGACGCUUGAGGACUUGGCCAAUUAUACGGUCGCUAUCCGCAACAUCUCAGAAAUUGAUUAUCGCGGCUAUCGGAUUACUAGCACCCCAGCCCCUUCCAGUGGUAUCGUAGCUCUGAACGUUCUCAAAGUUCUGGGUACUUACGGUAACCUUUUUAGUCCGGAUACUCUGAACCUGAGCACUCAUCGAUUGGACGAGGCUAUACGGUUUGGAUAUGGAUUGAGGACUAAUCUAGGAGAUCCGUUCUUCCUCGAUGGCAUGGACACGUAUCAGGAAAUGAUGCUAGCGGAUUCCACCAUUGAAGAGAUUCGAAAGAACAUUUCCGACCAGCAUACCCAAGCCGUGUCUGCCUACAAUCCGCAGGGGUAUGAGAGUCUUGAAACACCGGGUACCUCGCAUAUUGCUGCCAUUGAUCACAGUGGGCUUGCCAUUUCUGCCAUCACGACCAUCAAUCUGCUUUUUGGCUCCAAAGUCAUGGUUCCUGAGACUGGUAUCAUAAUGAAUAAUGAGAUGGAUGACUUUUCUAUUCCCAAUUCGUCCAAUUCUUUUGGCUAUAUCCCUUCUGAGGCAAACUUCAUACGACCCGGGAAACGCCCACUGUCCUCUUGUACGCCAGCCAUUGUUACACACCCUAACGGAACAGUGUUUUUCGUCGCCGGCUCGGCAGGAGGUAGUCGGAUUAUCACUGCCACCAUCCAGAACAUUAUACACGCUGUCGACGAGGGUCUUUCAGCGGCAGAGGCCUUGGCCCAGCCGCGUCUUCAUGAUCAACUGGUUCCGAAUCGUGUCACCUUUGAGUACGACUAUGACAAUGAGACUGUGUCCUUCAUGGAGGCAAGAGGUCACAAUGUGACCUGGGUAGGUCCAGGGGAGAGCACGGCGCAGGCCAUCCGAGUUCUACCGAAUGGCACCUUUGACGCUGCCGGGGAGCCUAGACAGGCUGAUUCUGGAGGGUUUGCUGUUUGAGGGAUUCAUAAUGCAUAUGUCCACCCUGACUAUACAUAUAUGAGGGUUUUGCGAGCGAUACCUUUUGUCUUACAUUCACAGUUUUUGGACUUGGGUUGUAUUGACGGUUAAAGUAUACAUAUAGCAUUAGACUUGAAUAUUGAAACGAAUCAUGACAAUGUCC